AUGGUGGGAGAUUUUUGGGCUAGCGACCAUUGGAAUUUUCCUGCUAUUCACCUUGAACGUUUGGUUGUUACUGGGGUGGAGAUAAAAAAUAUGUCAUCACCGCUUAGAGGAGAGGAUAGCAGGAUCUGGAUUCCGGACUUAAAGGGAGUGUUCAGCGUCAGCUCAGCCAAGGAUGUUAUUCGGCAAAAAUACCCUAUUGUGGAGUGGUCUUCUUUGAUCUGGAGAAGUGAAGUUCAUCCAGUGCUGGCGGCACAAAACUGGAAAUUCAUCAGAGGGGCAUGUGAUACAUAUGAUCUAUUACAAGAAAGGUUCAAAACUCAACUUGCCAGUAAGUGCAGUCUGUGUGGGAAUGCCGAAGAAACCCUGGAUCACGUGUUGUUUAGCUGCAGUUUUGCUACUCGAGCCUGGAAUUGGAUUGCGCAGAUUUUUGGAUUAAAUCCUAACUCUAACCUUGUUGUUUCUUGUAAGGCAGCUAAAGGGCGCAGUCAGAUUAUUCGUGAACUGUGGCUAGUAGCAAACCUGGUGAUUAAAUCUGAGUUAUGGGCGUUGAGGAACAAAGGUGUUUUUGAGCACAAGAAACCGAACUGGAGUAUGUUUUUCAAGAGAGUUUUGAAGCUGAUUCAAGACUAUACAGUUCUCCUAAAGGGUUACAUGAAAAGCAACGUUGAAGAUGUUUUUAUUUUGGACUAUUUUCGUGUGCAGCAUAGAAGAGUCAAAGGUCAGCAACCUGUUGAGUGCUUUUGGCAACCUCCGAAGAGUGAUGAGCUUCAAAUUUGUUGUGACGGCGCAGCAAAGGAAAUUCUUGGUAGAUAUGGAGCAGGUGUGGUGGCGCGAGAUGCAUCUUGUAAUGUUAUUGGAGCUAUGUUGAUCGGCUUGGGAGUUACAACUAAUUACUUGGCUGAAUUGUAUGGAAUCAUUGUUGGAAUGGAAUGGGCUACAAGAUGGGGUGUAAGGCGUAUUUGCAUCCGGUCAGAUUCUUAUGGUGUGGUAGAGGCGUUGAAAAAUUCUAAUUUGCCCUGGUUUGCAAGGCAAAGGUGGUUAAUGGUUUGUAGAAACUAUGACUCCAUUAGAUUUAUUCAUACUUACAGAGAAGCAAAUUUUGCGACGGAUUCUAUGGCUAAGCGAGGGUGUUAUCUUGACAAUGGUGUUGGAAUGCAUUAUGAAGGAAGACCUAUUUUUUUUAAUUUCAGUUGA